GUGAGAGAAAAGGAAACAGAAAAUCAAGGCACAGAAAUUCUGAAGGGGAACCCUCGUUAACGGUUAAUGCUGUCCAAAAAACUGCACAGCUCAGAGCAAUCUGUCGUUAAAACAUUCAGCCCUGACCUGAAUAGCCCAGGCAAGUCUGAUCUUGACAGAUCUCAGAAGCUAAGCAGGGUCAUCCUUCGUUAGCAUUUGGAUGGGAGACGUCCAACGAAGACCAGAGUUGCAAAGACCAACAUGGCUACCCACCUGAAACUGUGACGUAGCAGUUAUAGUGUUGAGCUUGACCUCGCAAUACCCAGGUACCAAUCCCGAUGCAGCAAUAAAGGGUGUGACUUUGGGCCACUUACUUUGUCUCAUCCUAACUGGGUUGUUGUGAGGAUAAAAUGGAUCGAGCAUGUAUGAUUGAUUGCAGGGUUCGGAGUUCACAAUCACACAUGGACACAUGCAAGACACUUUUAGCAUGCUUCUGUCCACGACAUUCAGCCUCCCAGAAUGCUAGCAAAAUUAAAUGUUUCCGGAUGUCUGUUUGAAAAGGAGGCAUUUGGCAUCUGUCACGCUCCAGCAUGUCUCUCUGCACAUCGUCUCACAAGGAUUUUUCUCAGUUACCGCCAAUUCAAGAACUCGGACAUAACAAAACAGAAGUGAAAAGCUCCCUCUCGGAUCUAGGCUCUAGUAUUCCUUUCAGCUGCAGCCAGUCUGCUCUUAAUGUGGAACACAGUCCAAUCUAUAUCCCGUCCUCCUACAUGGAAAACAGGCAUGAAUAUUCCGCAAUGGCAUUCUACAGCCCUGCUAUGAUGAACUAUAACAUUCCAGGCAAUUUCAGCGAUUCUGAAAGCGCUGCUCUGAGGCAGACGUCGAGCCCGAGCGUGUUGUGGGCUGCACCGGGGCACAUCUCUCCUUUGACUUUGCACUGCCAGCCAUCAGUUUUAUACUCAGAGCAACCAAAAAGUCCAUGGGGUGAAGCAAGACCUGUGGAUCAUGUCCUGCCUAUACACAGAGAGAACCUGAAGAGGAAAUCCAGCGGCAGUGACUGCACAAGCCCUGUCAUGAACAGCCCCGGCUCAAAACGGGAUGCGCAUUUCUGUGCCGUGUGCAGCGACUACGCCUCGGGAUAUCAUUACGGCGUUUGGUCGUGUGAAGGGUGUAAAGCGUUCUUCAAAAGAAGCAUUCAAGGGCACAAUGAUUACAUUUGUCCGGCUACAAAUCAAUGCACGAUAGAUAAAAACAGGCGGAAGAGCUGCCAGGCGUGCCGGCUCCGGAAAUGUUACGAAGUAGGAAUGAUGAAAUGCGGGUCGAGACGGGAGCGCUGUGGGUAUCGUAUCAUACGCCGCCAUCGUAACUCGGAAGAUCCGGUGCCUUGCUUAGGUAAAGUGAAAAAGAAUCCUGAAAAUGCCGCCCAAGCGAAAGAGCUCCUUGUUAAUACACUCAGCCCAGAACAGUUCGUUUCAAUAUUACUUGAAGCCGAGCCCCCCGAUGUGUUGGUGAGCCGUCCCAACAAGCCGUUUACGGAAGCUUCCAUGAUGAUGUCUUUGACGAAACUUGCAGACAAAGAACUGGUCCAUAUGAUUGGCUGGGCCAAAAAAAUUCCCGGUUUCAUAGAGCUAAGCCUGUAUGACCAAGUCAGGCUCUUGGAAAGCUGUUGGUUGGAAGUCUUAAUGGUGGGCCUGAUGUGGAGAUCUAUUGAUCAUCCCGGCAAGCUAAUCUUUGCACCAGACCUUGUGCUAGACAGGGACGAGGGGAAGUGCGUGGAAGGAAUUCUGGAGAUCUUUGACAUGCUCCUGGCUACGACUUCAAGGUUUCGAGAGCUGAAAUUGCAGCACAAAGAAUAUCUGUGUGUCAAGACUAUGAUCCUUCUCAAUUCCAACAUGUUGCCACUAUCAUCCACGGCUGAAGAACCAGAAAGCAGUAAGAAGUUGCACCAUCUCCUGAACACAGUUACUGAUGCUUUAGUGUGGGUCAUUGCAAAAAGUGGGAUCCCGCUGCCGCAACAGACCACUCGCCUGGCCAACUUGCUUAUGCUGCUUUCUCAUGUCCGGCACGUGAGUAACAAAGGGAUGGAGCACCUUCUUAGCAUGAAGUGCAAGAAUGUUGUCCCCGUCUAUGAUUUGCUUCUAGAGAUGCUCAACGCUCACAGUGUCCGAAGCCAGAGGAAAACGACAGUCUCCACUCUCAAGUAUAGUCCGUCAGAACCAACAGAGACCUCAGACGAAACACCGCAGUGAUUUCCUACUAACGGGGAACCAAAUAGAUCAACGAUUAAGACAUUUAGUUCUUUCUUUUUUUUUAUAAAGAGAGGAGAGACCAAUCUUGAUUUCUUUCCUGAACUUAAAUCUUUUUUUCUUUCUUGGGCCAUCCUGCUGAUCUUUUUCAACUGCCUUUUGGUAAUGUCAGCUGAAAGUUCCUUGGAAAAACCUCACGGCUUGCCUUAGGAACCUUAGGCCUCACGGGCUCCUGGAUGAGAGCACUGGACACUCACAAACAGGAUUCCUCUGGUGGGGCGGAAACGUGAGAAAUUUCUUCUAACAACAAACUGAAUGUUUCAGUAUCUGCACAGUGCUUUCCAUCAGUCCUUCAACGUAUGUCUCAUGCUGUGUAUUAUAUUAAAAAGGAAGGAUCCUGUUCACACUGGGAAUUUGUGCUAUUCAACUUGUACAGUCAACUGCAGAAGCUGUGAAUAUGUUUACCCUUUGUGUAAACCCACCUCGGAUAAGCCUUGAGCAGGCUGUGAGAUUGAAUAGAAAGUCACUGAAGAACUCUCUUUGGAUUCAUUUGGGCCGUGUGGACGAGACGCUGUCUUUUUUUUAAAGCCCCCGUUUGCGUGAACUGCUAAGCAUUCGCCAUGUCUGAGCUUGGUGUCUGGACAACUGAAAAGGUUGCAAAGCUUGCUUUUCCAUGCUAAAAAAGUCUUCUACUAAGUAUUGC